UCAUAUAAUUGUCUCAUAAUCUUCCCAAGCAAUAUGAAUGGAAUUCCUGACAAAGAGUACGAAAUAGAUGACGGUCUUUACACAAUAGAUGACGGUAUAACUCGAUUGUCUCCACCAACGCCCACUCCUCGUUCCUCUUACCAACAAGAACCUCCACCAUACAAGUCAACCAACAAAAGACGAUUGAUAAUAGAAAUCAUUAUGGCAGUGAUCAUAAUUGUCCUACUCAUUGUACUUUUGGUUAUGAUGAAUGCCGGAUCAGAGACGGAAAAGAUGCCACCACCCACACCAAAAAUUAGAUCUUGCAUGCACUUGAGAGAUAACGGGAAAACAGCAAGUGGAUUUUAUUACAUUAAACCUGAUGAUGAUUUCAAACCAAUUGAGACUUACUGCGAUAUGUCGACUGACGGAGGAGGGUGGACAUUGGUUGCCAGUGUACAUGAAAAAGAUAUAAUGGGCAAAUGUGAUAUUGAUGAUCGUUGGACAACCUUUUCAUCUGGCGAAUAUGUUGAAACCGCCUGGGCAAACAAAAAAGUGUUUGGUGAUGUCAUGAACUGCACUGAUGAUGAUUACAAAAAUUCUGCAUUUUUUUCUAUCAAAGCAAAGGACGUAAUGAUAUGGCACGUCCCGCCAGAACCAUCAAACGAAACGAUGGAAAUGAGAGCAACACUCCGAUACAGAACAACGGAUCAUUUUCUACACUCAACUGGUGGAAAUUUAAAAUCACUGUUUGGAGAGAGUUAUCCGCUGCAAUUUGAUGCUGUCUACCCAGAAAAACUAUUUAAAUUACAAGAUAAAACUGACAGUGUGGUUGAUGUUUUGGUUGAUCAUGCGACUCAAAUGAAAAACAAAAUACCAGAUUGGUUUUCAUACAACAAUAUGUAUCACUCUGGUGAGAGUAAUAGCAUGCAAGGCAGUAGCAACAGUUUGUUCAGAAUUUAUGGAAACAUGGUCUCGGUCAUCGUGGAAAAUCCUCCGCAAUACCGUACUGUUACAUAUAAAAAAAAAUUCCGAAUUGGUGAUUCAACGGCAAAUAGUGCCGAAACGGAGCCAUUCAUCUUUGCGUCGGCAUUUGAGAACAAAUUUGGAAGAAAGGAUUUUAAAAUACAGACAAACGCAUAUUUCGUCAAUGCCAAUCAAAUGACCAGCGUUAAAGGUAGUGUAACAAAAGGCAGCUUCCAAUUGGAUUAUCUAACAGCCAUAGCUUAUACCACAAGUACGGAUCCAGGGCUUGGUGAAUUUUUCUUUGUUGUUCACAGCGAAAAGUAUUGGAAUUCUGUAAAACCAACGGAGUUACAAAAAUCAUCACAAAAUCAAUAUUUCACAGGAGUUCAAUUCAGCGGAAAACCUUCAAAUGUCGUCAUAUGUUACCUUCUAUUGGCGAGGAAAAAUGGACAAAAAAUUGAAAAAUCACAUCUUGAUGAUCUGUCAAAUUAUAUUCUGGAUAUAUUCAUGCCGUUGAAGGAUUUAUUUACUCCGAAUAAAGCAGUUCAGAAUGGGCUGACCGCUCCGAUAACAUUCGAUAAAGGAAAUGAUACCGAUAUAAUGAAUAUGAUUCCGCCAAAUGUCAAAGAAUUUGUUGAACCUGGUUAUCUACAGUUUCGAGCUUAUGCUGAAAAUGGAUACCCAAAUGCCAUGUGCCUUGGAGUUAGGAUGAAAGUAAACUCACCUGAGCAUAUCUGCAUUGGAGGACUUGCAAACAACUUGCAUAAGUUUGGAACUUGCAGCGAUUUUACAGGCUGGGCAGGAAAGAGCAGCGAUACCAUAGAUAACGAUGAGGCAACCGGACAUGCCCAUUCGCAGGAGGAUAUCUCGUCAUCAAUAUUAAUUUUCUACCGUUAGAAAACAUUAAGGAAAAGACGAAAUUGUGAAAAACUGGAAUGUUAUAGGCAAAGAAUUGACAUAGGCAUCACUCAAACAUUGAAAUUUUCGUAAAUUUGUAAAACAUUUUAAUAAUAGAUAGAUAUUAUUUCGUUUGAAGGUAUAAUUGUUGUUGUUUUCGACGCUGUAUCCUGCUUUAAUGUGCAUGAUUUGGUGCAAAUAUAAAUAUACUGCUUCAAUGUAUAAUAGCAUCUUCCUAUUCAUUUUUUAAUAUGAAUUGAUGAGUUUCAUAGUAUAUCAUGAGUGAAUUUUGUUUUACAGAAUUUUAUUUAAUAUAACAGAAUGACUGAAAUCUUGUUUUCAUUACAUGUUAUGAUUUAAACAUUGUUGGCAAUCAAAAUUAUAAAAAAAAAACAGUAAAAAAUAUUUAUUUUUUUGAUAAAGUACUAGAUUCAGCUGGAACAGUGAAUGUGAAAUAACUAACGGUGUUGUGUCUUGUGUUUGGGCUUUGUUACUAAUAUAUAUUGAAGUCGCAAAUUUGAAGCUCCCGUCCCAAUGAAAAAUUUCGGAUAUUAGAGUUUCUAACUGCUAAGUUUUGUUUGAAAUGGACUGAAAUCGACUGGAGUUCAAUUACUUAAAAUUUUGUGUUUUGGGGGUUUAAUUGUGAACCGUCGG